AUGUUACCGGAUUAUCAGUUAUUCAUUGCUGCAGGCACACUGCUGCUAACGCAAGUCACGCAAACGAGCGCCUCUGUCAUUGUUACGGGACCCAGAGUCGACCCCAAUGCACCAUCAGUACCUCCCAGGCGAAGCAUUGUCGACUUUUACGCGACAGGAGGACCGCAAUGGGAUCUCUACAUUCAGGCGCUCGGAGCUAUGCAGUCUACAGAUGCGACGGAUCCCGAAUCAUACUUUCAGAUUUCUGGAAUACAUGGGAAACCGUUUGCGGAAUAUGACGGAACAGGGCCAAUGAACACAAGCGGAUGGGCAGGCUACUGUCCGCACAUGGAGGCUCUAUUUCUUCCGUGGCAUAGACCAUAUGUGGCACUUUUUGAGCAAACACUCGUUAGUCAUGCCAGAAAGAUUGCCGUACAAUAUCCUGAAGAGCACCGCUCGAAAUACAUCGAGGCAGCUGAUACUCUCCGAUCGCCUUUCUGGGACUGGGCUACGGACCGAGCCGUGCCACAAGCUACAGUACCACAGACUUUGACCAUCAACGUGUCGGAAGAUGGUAGACUCGAAGCGAGGAUUGUGGAAAAUCCACUUUACACUUUCAAAUUUCCCCAGGCAGUGCUAGAGGGACACUUCGGCGAAUUCGAUCAUGAGAAAAGGACUCAGGUGUAUCGAUGUAAUCAGCUGUUCAUGAGCUACCCAGAAACAGCCAACGCAAACAUAAGGUCCAAGAAUUACAAACAAUCGCUGUACGACUCGUUCACCAGGUCGACAGACUUUAGGCAGUUUGCGACGAUGGACAGCACAGGAAACAGUCUGGAGGCCAUUCAUGGAAGCAUACAUUGGGAUGCAGCAUGUCAGGGACAGUUCUUGACUGUCGAAUUCACGGGGUUUGACCCUCUAUUUAUGAUGCAUCAUACCAAUGUCGAUCGCCUAUGGGCAUACUGGCAGGUUAUGCAUCCAGAUCAGCAACUAUUUAGCGGUGAAUACCUUUCAAAACCUCGAUGGGGAACGCCAGAAAAUACGACGAUUACGACAAAGUCGCCGCUGCAGCCGUUCCGACGGACGGAAACAGAGUUUCACACCUCAGAGACUGUUCAAUCGAUCCAUGAUCUUGGCUACUCGUAUCCUGGCCUGGAGUUCAGAAGCAGAAACUGGGAUGAAAUGCGUGCAGAAGUGACGCGUAUCAUAAAUGGCCUGCAGCCACAAUUGUCUUCGCUAGGCACACGCCAAGCAAAUGGCGAGCCAGAUGAUGGGCGCGUCAUGUCGACGAGAUACUUUGCGCAUCUUACUGUAGAGCUAUCUCAAGUUGAAAGGCCAUGCUCGAUUGAAGUAUCAAUGAAUGGAAGCUACUCGGGCAAUUUGGUAUUGAUGUCGAUGCCUGAAUUUGGAGUUGCUCAUGGUGAAAUUCCGCUGGACUCUGUACACAAUCUCUUACAAGGCAAGAGCAGCAGCGUUGUUCUGGAUACCUUGGAGUCCUGGCUAGAUGUUGAAAUUAUGAAGAUUGACGGGUCGACGAUGGCUCUGGCGGACGUUCCAAGCCUCGGUGUGCAAAUUGAAGAAGUUCAAGUGGCAGCACCACGAUCCGAUACUGAGCUUCCACAAUAUUCGCACUCGAGAAUUUUUGGCAUCAGAUUGGGGAGGAAAACCACGAACUGA